CUCGCUCCUCUGUCUUGCUCGCUCGCUUGCUCGCUCGCUCGCGCAGCGGCGGCAGCAGAGGUCGCGCACAGAUGCGGGUUAGACUGGCGGGGGGAGGAGGCGGAGGAGGGAAGGAAGCUGCAUGCAUGAGACCCACAGACUCUUGCAAGCUGGAUGCCCUCUGUGGAUGAAAGAUGUAUCAUGGAAUGAACCCGAGCAAUGGAGAUGGAUUUCUAGAGCAGCAGCUGCAGCAACAGCAGCCUCAGUCCCCCCAGAGACUCUUGGCCGUGAUCCUGUGGUUUCAACUGGCGCUGUGCUUUGUCCCUGCACAGCUCACGGGUGGACUCGAUGACCCCAACGUGUGUGCCGACCCAGGCGUCCCUGAGAAUGGCUUCAGGACUCCCAGUGAAGGAGUUUUCUUCGAGAACUCAGUAACUCGAUUUCACUGCCAAGACGGAUUCAGGCUGAAGGGCUCUUCAAAGAGACUGUGUAUGAAAUAUAUUAAUGGAACCCUAGGCUGGAUCCCAAGUGACAAAGCUGUCUGCGUACAAGAAGACUGCCGCAUCCCCCAGAUUGAAGAUGCUGAGAUUCAUAACAAGACAUACAGACACGGAGAGAAGUUAAUCAUCAACUGUCAUGAGGGAUUCAAGAUCCGGUACCCUGACCUGUACAACAUGUUCUCGUUAUGUCGUGACGAUGGGACAUGGAACAACCUGCCCACCUGUCAAGGCUGCCUGAGACCUCUAGCCUCUUCCAAUGGCUAUGUGAACAUCUCCGAGUUCCAGACUUCCUUCCCCGUGGGAACUGUGAUCGAUUAUCGCUGCUUCCCUGGAUUUAAACUCGAGGGUUCCAAGUACCUCGAGUGCUUACACAACCUUAUCUGGUCGUCCAGCCCACCCCAGUGCCUUGCUCUGGAAGUUUGUCCACUACCUCCUAUGGUAAGUCACGGAGAUUUCAUCUGCCACCCGAGGCCUUGUGAGCGCUACAACCAUGGAACUGUGGUGGAGUUCUACUGUGAUCCUGGCUACAGCCUCACCAGUGACUACAAGUACAUCACCUGCCAGUAUGGAGAGUGGUUUCCUUCUUACCAAGUCUACUGCAUCAAAUCAGAACAAACGUGGCCCAGCACACAUGAGACCCUCCUGACCACGUGGAAGAUCGUGGCGUUCACAGCCACCAGUGUGCUGCUGGUGUUACUACUCGUCAUCUUGGCCAGGAUGUUCCAGACCAAGUUCAAGGCCCACUUCCCCCCCAGGGGUCCUCCCAGGAGUUCCAGCAGUGACCCUGACUUCGUGGUAGUGGAUGGAGUGCCCGUCAUGCUCCCGACCUAUGAUGAGGCUGUGAAUGGUAGCUCGAGUGCCUUAGGCCCCGGGUACCUGGCCUCCGUGGGCCAGGGCUGUCCUUUACCUGUGGAUGACCAGAGCCCUCCAGCAUACCCUGGCUCCGGGGACACGGACACAGGCCCUGGGGAGUCAGAAACCUGUGACAGUACCUCGGGCUCCUCUGAGAUGCUCCAGAGUCUAUAUUCACCCCCCAUGUGCCAAGGGGGCAGCCACCCUGCCCCAGACACCCCUGACACAAUUUCAAGCGCAGCAGGGGAAGUAGCAUCCACAAGCCCCGGCAUCGACAUUGCAGAUGAGAUCCCGCUCAUGGAAGAGGACGCAUAGCCUGGUGACAUCCUGCUAAUCCCACUGUCCCCUUUGGGGAAAAGAGCCUUGAACCUUGAAGGGAGGCCACAGGAGGCCAGAGCUUGGGACAAGGGGGCAUUUUUAAUCUAUUUACACGAUACCAUACAUCUCCAGCAGGACGGUGGGCCCGGCCGACAGCAAUGGCGGCCACAGCAAUGGCGGUGCUUUCAAAUGAGACUCAAUGAUGUAUCAUGACCUGCAGGGAACAGAGGGCAGAGGGGACUCUCUCUGCCUCAUGCCCAUGACAGAGCUGAGUGUCUCUUGCUACAGGAGACAGUGCCACGCACAUCCCGGCGAGUCACAUAUCCUGUUGCUUCUGUUAACAGCACUCCCUGCUCCUCCGAAAGCAUGUCACAUGUAUAAAUUUGCUUCUAAAAUCUGCUUUGAACUGUCUACGAACUUUAGAUCUAGACAGGUCAGCCUCUGUUUAAAAAGAAAAAAAAAAAGCCCAUGUUGACCUGUAAACCCGGGAGCAGAUCCUCUCUCUGCCCUUAUCAGUAAGGGACAGGCUCCCAAGGAAAGACUCAUGUAACACUCAGACCGUCUCUUACCCCUGGACAGCUGAUCAAAGCAGGAUUCGGCAGUUUGAAUGAGAAAGGAAAGGAAAAACAAGCCAACUCCGCUUUCUGGAAGUGUCUUCAUGCCGAGCCCCCAUGUUCUGUGCUGCCCUCUGGUGACAUGUGUCGGUGUUUCUAUUCAUGGUCUGGCAGUGGACCUGUGGCGUGGGAUAGACCUGUGACUUUACACCUGGUGAGAAUGCAUUCAGAUGCAUCUUAUGGUGGACUGAGUAACCUGGUCCUGUUUGGUUUUGGCACUUGGCAGACUCCACUCACGUUUCUCUGCUUAUGCCUUCCCAUGUGUCAUUGCUGUCAUGUUGCCCCCGACCUUAAAACUUAACCAUUCUUUUAUUUUCCAAAAUGGAAAGUUUCUGUAAACAUAUUCUGUAUUUGGAGGAAGAAGAAAGUGUAAGCUGGAUCUUUUGUGACCGACCGCAGCCCCUCAGCUCUCUGUUUUGUCCUGCUAAGUCGGAAGGCUUGGCCACCCAGCCCCAGGACACCCUGUUCUCCUGCUUUCAGGGGGCCUUUGGCCCUGCUUGCCUGCCAUCCUUCAUUUCUAUGAGGGUCUCAUGGCACCCAGUGGGUGUUGUGCCUAAGCAAUCGACUGAUUUUUAAAGAACCCCAAGUCCAGAAAUGUCCCUUUGCAUACAUGUUGGUCCACGGCGUCGUUUCCAUCCUUCCUCUGGGUUGUAGACAAAUAUAAACAAAACUCUCAUCCAUAAAAUCACUGUGCUGAUGGAACACCGAGGGCCGGAGGCUUGAUCAAAUCCUGUUUUCUCCCAACACAGACUGAUUAAAAAUUAAAAAGAAAAGC